GUCAGAUGAGAUGAAUACAGAAACAGGAAAACAAACUUCGCUAACACUUGCUUUGGCUGGUCUGUUCUGUCUGGAACUUAAUUGUGAUGCUGUUGUAGAUUUUCCUCUCCUCAUAUUAUUGUGCCUUCCAUCAGUGAAGGAUUUUACUGCUGAACAAUGUUCACAUGCAUUUACAACAUCAUCAACGCUUGUUCAGGACCACGCAAACAUCAUCAAAGCCAAACUAUGUCGCAUGCACACAGAGGACCACUCUCAACAUCUCCACCAAGCUUCUAGUCUCUCUACCUAUCUUCUAGGAGUGGAAAUGAAACAGGCGACAUUGUUGGAGACAGGAGAAGGUUCUAUUCCGGCAAUGUACAAUGGAAGCAAAGAGAAGAAGAAGCGGUUAACAAGCAACCAGUUAGAGUUAUUGGAGAGGAGCUUCCAGGAGGAAAUAAAGUUAGACCCUGAAAGGAAGAUGAAACUUUCGAGGGAGCUAGGCCUUCAGCCUCGUCAAAUCGCUGUUUGGUUCCAAAAUAGACGUACGAGGUGGAAAACCAAGCAGCUUGAGCACUUAUAUGAUGUUCUCAAGCACCAAUACGAUGUCAUCUCCAACGAAAAGCAGAAGCUUCAAGAAGAGGUUAUGAAGUUGAAGGCAAUGCUAAGUAAAGAGCAAGGUUUUGGGAAGCAAAGAUUGGGAGGUUAUCCAGAAAUAUCUGGAGUAGAAACGGUAGAAAGCACUUCAGAGGGUCUGAGGGGUUCCAACAAGGGAAAGAGUAACAUUGAUCAGGUCGCAGAUGAGGGCUUUUGCUCUUUCAGCGUGGAAGAUUAUAACACUGUUUCAGUGCCUUUCAGCCAGUGGCCUGUUGUGCCUUAUUAGCUAUUAAUUUAUCCAUAAUUAAUGUUCCAAAAGUACAAACAUUAGUAUUAGUGUUGUUACGUGGAAGAUGAUAACCUUUGUCUGAAUGACAUUAGGAUCUGUGCAGACAUGUCUGGUUGUAGUUAUUACUCCUGAAACACCUUAUCAGGGCAUGCGUAAUUUAACUCGUAGUUUAGUUUCAAGAAAUUAAUUGACUUGCAUAAAGUCCUAUUAUCACCCACUGUACCUACUUACUUCUAUGGGUACCACUUUAUCUAUCAUACU